AUGGCUGAGACGGAAUCCUCCGGCGGUGAGUUCGAGCGCACGCCGGUGCCGGAGUCGGCGUUAUUGGGGCCGAGCAAGUUUUGGGGUAUGUACGCCGGUGAGCAUUGCGCGGGCACCGAGUUUAUGAUCGGUCCGCUGUUCCUCGCCGCGGGGGCGAGCCUGCAGGAUGUGGUCGUCGGGCUGUUGCUCGGCAACGUUCUAGCGGUGCUGACGUGGCGGUACUUGGUGGUGCCGAUCGCGAUGGCGAAGCGGAUGACGCUUUACUACCAGCUCGAGCGGAUCGCCGGCUCGCAGAUGGUGAAGCUGUACAACGUCGUCAACGGCGUGCUGUUCUGCUUCCUGGCGGGAGCGAUGGUGACGGUGUCGGCCAGCGCGGUGGGAGUGCCGUUUGGAGUUGAUUACAAGGUGCCGGAGGAGACAUUCGCCUUGGGGUCUCCGUCGUUCACGUUGAUUGUCGUGCUGGUUGGCAUCGUGAUGAGCGUCAUUGCGGCAGCCGGCUACACGACCGUGGCGCGGGUCGCCAACUAUGCGGCGCCGUGGAUGAUCGCGGUCUUCGCGGGCGCCUUCUGGAGCGACGCGAUCGCCUUCAUUCAGAAUGAGCAGGGUGAGAAGGCGUUCCCGUUCUGGCAGUUGGUGGCGUUCGCUUGGCUCUGCAAUGGGGCGAUGCACUUUGGGAUGGCCGACCUGUCAAUCUUCCGCUACGCGCGGCAUGCGUCGAGCGGCUGGGCGCCGGCGAUCGGCAUGUUCCUCGGCCAUUACGUCGCCUGGAUUUCGGCGGGCCUUUUGCUGGCGGCGCAGAUCAAGCUCUCGCAGCUCACCGAUCCCAACCCGGGUGUGAUGGCGUUCAGCGCGCUCGGAUGGACCGGCGUUCUUUGCGUCGUCAUCGCGGGUUGGACGACCGCGAACCCAACGAUCUAUCGAUCGGGCCUUGCGUUCCAGAGCCUCAUCCCCGGCAUGUCGCUGGUGACGGCGACUUUGAUCGCCGGCGCCGUCGCGACGAUUGCCGGCGCGUUUCCCAACUUGGCUUAUAAACUGCUCGACUUUGUCGGCACCUAUGGGACAAUUCUUGGGCCGAUGGGCGCCGUGAUCUUCGUCGACUACUGGCUGAUGAAGCGGAUGGGGCUCACCGAGGAGUACGCCGCCCGGACUGGCAUGCAGUUCAACAUGGCGGUGCUGGUCGCCUGGGGCCUGCCGGUCGCGGUGGGUCUGUACCUGAUCUUCAAGCAGGGGGUAUUUGCCGCUUACUGCGUUGUGCCGGC